CAACUUUGGACGGCUUCCCUGCCCUUCUUUCCUUAUAAAUCGUCGCAUCUCUCUCUCUCUCUCUCUCUCUCUCUGUGUCUGUGUCCGUGGAGAAAGAAAACGGAAAGGAAGAAGCUAAGAGAAACCAAUUACGAUGGCUCUCAAACUCUAUUUUUUCCCUUCUCAACCUCCAAAGCUGCCUUCUUUUGCUAUCCCACAGAAGUCCAGCCUCAGAUCUCCCAAGUUCUUCAUGGCCUCAACCCUUCGCUCUGGCUCCAAGGAGGUUGACAAUCCAAAGAAGCCUUUUACACCACCUCGGGAGGUUCAUGUUCAAGUCACCCACUCGAUGCCACCGCAAAAAAUUGAGAUCUUUAAAUCCAUCGAGGAUUGGGCUGAACAGAAUAUUUUGGUUCACCUGAAGCCAGUUGAGAAGUGUUGGCAACCACAGGAUUUCCUGCCAGACCCUGCCUCUGAUGGUUUUCACGAUCAAGUCAAGGAAUUAAGGGAGAGGGCAAAGGAGAUUCCAGAUGAUUACCUUGUUGUUUUGGUUGGGGAUAUGAUUACAGAAGAAGCCCUUCCAACUUAUCAAACAAUGCUUAAUACCUUGGAUGGAGUUCGGGAUGAAACAGGUGCAAGCCCUACUUCUUGGGCAAUUUGGACAAGGGCAUGGACAGCUGAAGAAAACAGGCAUGGGGACCUACUCAAUAAGUAUCUCUACCUUACCGGACGAGUAGACAUGAGGCAAAUUGAGAAGACAAUUCAGUAUUUGAUUGGGUCAGGAAUGGAUCCUCGAACAGAAAAUAGUCCCUACCUUGGAUUCAUCUAUACUGCUUUCCAAGAAAGGGCAACCUUUAUCUCCCAUGGAAACACUGCUAGGCUUGCCAAGGAGCAUGGGGACAUGAAUUUGGCACAAAUAUGUGGCACAAUUGCAUCAGAUGAGAAACGCCAUGAAACUGCCUACACCAAGAUAGUUGAGAAGCUAUUGGAGAUUGAUCCUGAUGGAACUGUCUUGGCAUUUGCUGACAUGAUGAGGAAGAAAAUCUCCAUGCCAGCCCACCUGAUGUAUGAUGGCCGUGAUGAUAAUCUUUUUGAGCACUUUUCAGCUGUUGCGCAGCGGCUAGGGGUUUACACUGCCAAGGACUAUGCCGAUAUAUUGGAGUUUUUGGUCGGCAGAUGGAAAGUGGAGAAGCUAACUGGCCUUUCAGCCGAGGGGCAAAAAGCACAGGAUUAUGUUUGUGGGUUACCUCCAAGAAUUAGAAAGCUUGAGGAGAGAGCUCAAGGGAGGGCCAAGCAAGCUCCCACCAUUCCGUUCAGUUGGAUUUUUGAUAGAAAUGUGAAGCUCUAAGUGCAGCAGUAUGGAACGAAAAGGUCUACUCUCCUGCAAGUCCCUUCUCAAUAAAAUCAUAAAAUGGAGUCACAUGUUUUCGA